AUGUUUUCGGCGGAGUCACACGUGUCUAGGCAAACAGUGGCGGCGCCGUUCAGCAGCACCUGUCUCGAGCUGCCAGAAGAAACACCGCAGUCCAGCACAGCCAUUUUCUGCGUGGUGCACAUGUUCGGCCACAUCCAGCACGACUUCGACCUGAUCGUCAACGCCAGCUGGGGACGCCACUGCGACCACUUGCUUUUCGUGAGCAACAACCUGGACCGGGCGCGCAUUGGGCUCACCAUGUACGUGGAAGAGCGCAGUCCGACGAAGGCCUGUCUCGCAGUGCUGCGCUACCUGCAGGAGCUGGAGGAUGACGCCGUCGACGAUGUCAACUGGUUCCUCUGGACAUCGGUCCACUCCUUCGUCAUCGUUGAGAACCUCAGGCACGUGGUGGAAGGCCUGGAUCCAUCCGAACCCUCGUACCUGGGCCCCUUGUGGAGUGGCGCGCGAAGCCUACGUCCGCUGAGGAACACCACUUUUGUGGUCAACCGAGCCGCCCUGAAUCGCAUUGCACGCACCAACUGCUCCUCCUUCCGGACGAUUGUGAGGUGCGUGAACAAGGCGGGCGUCAAGGUGGUGGACAGCCGGGACGAGCGCGGCUGCGAGCGCUUCUUCAAGGGCGGGCUGAGAGCUGACUACCUUCCCUUCCGGAACGCGUUCACGCCGACCCUGCCGGCGCAACAGCGCUGCCUGAGCACAACGUUCGUGUCGGUGCACGCGCAUGCGCACGAAGUGUUGUUGUUCGAGUACCUGACGCACGUGCUGGCUGCCUACGGCCAGCGAGCACGGCUCAACGUCACCGACGCGCGGUUGCCCUGGAACGCAUCCGCCAUGCCCGCGUGGUCUGACCAGGAGCUGCAACUCAUCCAGAGAUCGGCGAAGAAAGGGACCGCCCGCGUCGCCAACCACACGACGAAACGCCGAGUGAAAUUCCCGAAAUAGAGCUGAUAUUCAACAAUUGUGACCCAUCCUCGUUCCAAUAUAAUCAAUAAAGAAUCAACAGAACGGAAUCAAGUGGUACUGGGAAGCAAUUAUGACC